AUGGAUCUCGAAAACACCAAGAAGGGCGAGGAUAGCUCCACCAAAGGGCCUCUCGAGGAGGUCGGCGUCGGCAUCAGCGAUCACGAGAAGCAGUCUCAGAUUGUCCCGCGCAGGUCAAGCCAGAUCAACAUCUCUGGUCAUGGGCAGGAGCUUGAUCGGCAGUUUGGCCUUUUCAGCAUAAUCUCAGCUGGUAUAGUGACAGGAAACACGUGGACAGCUCUCGGUGGCGCUAUUGUGGUGGCAUUAUACAACGGAGGUCCUACAGGGGUUAUCUAUAAGUUCAUCACGGUCUCCAUCUGCUAUUGGUUCGUCGGAGCUUCGAUCGCAGAACUUGCUUCGGCCAUACCGGCCUCUGGAGGAGUCUAUCACUGGACGACCGUCGCUGCCGGUCCCAGAUACGGCCGUGUCUGCGGCUGGUUCGCUGGCUGGUGGAACCUGCUAGCCUGGAUCUUCGGUGCGUCUGCAAACUGCGCCAUCAUCGGCAAUGGGGUCCUGUUCUGCUACUCUCUCUAUCAUCCGGACUUGGACAUCCAGCGCUGGCAGGUUUUCAUAGUCUACGAGAUCGUCACAGGCACUUGCUGCGCCAUUGUGCUUUUUUGCAACAGGGGCUUGGCUGGCAUUAGCAGGGUUGGCUGCUUCUUCAUGCUGGGAGGGAUUUUUGUCACGGUGAUGGUUUGCGCCAUCAUGCCAUCAUACAACGGUAAGGGUCAUGCUUCUAGCAAGUUUGUUUGGGCAGAAUGGUUCAAUGGUACAGGGUAUUCUAGCAACGGCUUGGUGUUUUUGACUGGUAUGCUCAACGGUGCUUUUGCUGUCGGCACCCCUGACUGCCUCACGCACCUCGCAGAAGAAAUCCCAAGGCCGAGCUCCAACCUUCCCAAGGCGAUUCUAGCUCAGAUCAUUGUUGGCUUCGUGACGGCCCUCGUGUACAUGAUCUCUAUCUUUUAUGCCAUCAAUGAUUUCCAGGGUCUAUUCGAAGCCGACUCCGUCUUCCCGCUUGGCAUUAUAUAUCAACAGGCGACUGGUUCCCGCGGCGGUGCCAUGGGCUUGGUGAUCGUAAUCCUCAUCCCGAUCGGCUGUGCCACGAUCGGCUGCUAUACGACGGCAGGACGAAUGCUCUGGACACUGGCCAGGGACGGUGCUGCUCCAGGCCGGCAACAUAUCGGGAGGGUCAGUCAGCGUUUCAAAAACCCAUUCAACGCCACGUUAGCCUGCGGAGCCGUGUCCAUCUGUAUGGGCGGAAUAUUCGUCGGCUCCGUCGCCGCUUUUGACGCCUUCAUUGGCGCCUUUGUCAUACUCUCCACGGCUUCAUUCCUCGUCGCCAUCAUUCCCAACGUCUUGACCAAACGCCACAACGUCCAACCCGGAGCCUUCUGGAUGAAGGGCUGGCUCGGCUAUGUCGUCAAUGUCGUUGCCUGUGUCUACAUGGUUGUUUUCAUGGUCUUUUACUGCUUUCCGUACUCAAUGCCUGCAACAGCCGAGGAUAUGAAUUACUCGAGCCUGGUCACUGGAGGAUUUACCAUCUUUAUUGCAAUGUGGUGGUUCGUUGGAAGCAAAAACUAUUCGGGCCCAAUGGUCGUGACAGACGCGGCUGACAUGUAG